UGUGUGUGCUGUCCACCAGGGCAGGCGCACAGUGAACACCUGCGACACCCGGCGUCAGGUGGGCAGCGCGGGGUCUGCGGCGCAGCUGGGCCCCGGGCUCCAAGCAGGCAGGGCGCAGAUCCGGGCUUCAGAAAUCAGAAGAGUGCUGUGAGAGACUGAACUGCCCUAACCCAGGGUCCUGAAUUCUGGACCUCCAGCCUCCAGUACUGUAGGAGGCUUUUUCUUGUCCUCCGGCACACAUAGGGAUGGAUGGGUGAGGCCCCCCUGGGCUGUGGCACUGCCCAGCAGCCGUCAUCUCGUUAAGGCCCCUCGGUGGCAGUAGGAUGCACCUCUCUGCAGUGUUCAAUGCUCUCCUGGUGUCUGUGCUGGCUGCAGUCCUGUGGAAGCAUGUGCGGCUGCGGGAGCAUGCGGCCACCCUAGAGGAGGAACUGGCCCUCGGACAGCAGUCCCUGGAUCCGGUUCCGGGGCUGAGGAUUGACUACCCAAAGGCCCUGCAGGUCCUCAUGGAGGGCGGCACCCACAUGGUGUGCACAGGCCGCACCCACACAGACCGCAUCUGCCGCUUCAAGUGGCUCUGCUACUCCAAUGAGGCAGAAGAAUUCAUCUUCUUCCAUGGCAACUCGUCCGUGAUGCUGCCCAACCUGGGCUCCCGGCGCUUCCAGCCGGCCCUGCUGGACCUGUCCACUGUGGAGGACCACAAUGCCCAAUACUUCAACUUCGUGGAGCUGCCCGCCGCGGCCCUGCGCUUCAUGCCAAAGCCAGUGUUCGUGCCUGACGUGGCCCUCAUCGCCAACCGCUUCAACCCCGAUAACCUCAUGCAUGUCUUCCAUGACGACUUGCUCCCCCUCUUCUACACGCUGAGGCAGUUCCCUGGCCUGGCCCAGGAGGCCCGGCUCUUCUUCAUGGAGGGCUGGGGCGAGGGCGCUCACUUUGACCUUUAUAAACUCCUUAGCCCCAAGCAGCCGCUGCUGCGUGCGCAGCUCAAGACGCUGGGCCGGUUGCUCUGCUUCUCCCAUGCUUUUGUGGGCCUGUCCAAGGUCACCACCUGGUACCAGUAUGGCUUUGUCCAGCCCCAGGGCCCAAAGGCCAACAUCCUCGUCUCAGGCAAUGAGAUCCGGCAGUUCACCCGCUUCAUGACCGAAAGGCUGAAUGUGAGCCACGCAGGGGCACCCCUGGGUGAGGAGUACAUUCUGGUCUUCAGUCGCACCCAGAACAGACUCAUCUUGAACGAGGCAGAGCUGUUGCUGGAGCUAGCACAAGAGUUCCAGAUGAAGACGGUGACCGUGUCCCUGGAGGACCACACCUUUGCCGAUGUCGUGCGGCUGGUCAGCAACGCCUCCAUGCUAGUCAGCAUGCACGGCGCCCAGCUGGUCACGGCCCUCUUCCUGCCCCGUGGGGCCACCGUGGUCGAACUCUUCCCCUAUGCUGUCAACCCUGACCACUACACCCCCUAUAAGACGCUGGCCACGCUGCCUGGCAUGGACCUGCAGUAUGUAGCCUGGCGAAACAUGAUACGGGAGAACACAGUCACACACCCUGAGCGGCCCUGGGACCAAGGGGGCAUCACCCACCUGGACCGGGCUGAGCAGGCCCGCAUCCUACAGAGCCGAGAGGUCCCCCGGCAUCUCUGUUGCCGGAACCCUGAGUGGCUCUUCCGAAUCUACCAGGACACCAGGGUGGACAUCCCGUCCCUCAUGCAAUCCAUUCGGCGUGUGGUGAAGGGCCGGCCAGGGCCUCGGAGGCAGAGGUGGACAAUCAGCCUGUACCCAGGCAAGGUGCGGGAGGCUCGCUGCCAGGCGUCUGUGCAGGGUGCCACCGAGGCCCACCUGUCUGUGUCCUGGCAGAUCCCGUGGAACCUCAAGUACCUCAAAGUGAGGGAGGUGAAGUACGAGGUGUGGCUGCAGGAGCAGGGGGAGAACACCUACGCACCUUACAUGCUGACCCUGCAGAACCACACCUUCACCGAGAACAUCAAGCCUUUCACCACCUACCUGGUGUGGGUCCGCUGCAUCUUUAACAAGAGCCUCCUGGGACCUUUUGCAGAUGUGCUGGUGUGCAGCACGUAGCCAGCAGGCCAUGGCCGGGCCUCCGGGGUGGCCUUGGCAGCUCAGCUUUCCCAGGCCGGAGUCCUGCUGGCGACUAUGGUGAUGACGCAUCUAUUUAUUGAGUAGGCCAGGGCUAGGCCCGCUCCCAGAGUCCCACUGCUGCGGGGUGCAGUUUGCAGAAAUCUUUGUCCUGAAGAGGUGGUACCUGCCCCCUCUGCCACAUUGAUUGUUCCCACCCAGGAGGAAUUCCUUUGUGGCGAGGAGGCGGCACAGGCAGGCCCCAGGGAUCUGCUCUUGCUAAUUGAUUGUGCUGUUUCCUGCCAUGGCCUUGGUACAAGUCCUGGCUUCUAGAAACAGUGGUCAUGUAGUUGGUGGGCUAGGCAGAUAGUCUCUGAGAAUUUCACCUGUAGCUGAGUGGCAGGUGUGUUUGGAGCAGUGAUUAAAUGAUUAUGAACAUCGUG